AUGGUGAACCGAGACGAUGAAGAUUCAUCUGAAGAUUCAUCUGAAGAUUCAUCUGAAGAUUCAUCUGAAGAUUCAUCUGAAGAUUCCUCCUCGGAAUCCUCUGACGAGGGGUUCCUCUCAUUGAUCAAGGAUGAUGAAAGAGAUGCAGAUUCUGCCCAGACCACUAGUAAUGGAAAGAAUGUUCGUUCUCCACGUUUCAGUGACUAUUGUGAGGGUCAGUCAGCUCCAUCCAACACUCAGGCUAAUCCCAAGGUUGUAAGCAUUGACUCGUCGUUUUACCAGUUCCUGAAGUUGGCACCCCCCGGUUUAGCCUACUACCCUCCUCUUAACAAUGAUCAUGCAAUGACAGCAGAUGGAAAUGAGGUUGAUGAUGUACAACCGAUCGAUCUCUCCCUUAAAUCUAAAUCAUCAGCAUCGCCAAAACUAACCUCUGUACAGUCAGCUCCAUCCAACACUCAGGCUAAUCCCAAGGUUGUAAGCAUUGACUCGUCGUUUCUUAACAAUGAUCAUGCAAUGAGAGCAGAUGGAAAUGAGGUUGAUGAUGUACAACCGAUCGAUCUCUCCCUUAAAUCUAAACCAUCAGCAUCGCCAAAACUAACCUCUGUACAGUCAGCUCCAUCCAACACUCAGGCUAAUCCCAAGGUUGUAAGCAUUGACUCGUCGUUUUACCAGUCCCUGAAGUUGGCACCCCCCGGUUUAGCCUACUACCCUCCUCUUAACAAUGGUCAUGCAAUGAGAGCAGAUGGAAAUGAGGUUGAUGAUGACGAACACAGAUUCAUAUGUGAUAUUUGCCAAAAAGUAUAUAAGCGAAAAGAAGCCUUAACAGAACACCGUCGACUCCAUACAGGGGAGAAGCCUUUUGAAU